UCUACCAAUAUGAGAAUGGAGAAUUUCAAAAGUUGUAAGAUGGAGGAGAAAACUUCUUCUUCUUCCACCAUUUCUGCAGAGCAUGAUGCCAUCAAUCUCCACUACACUGAGCUUGUUCCUGAAGCAGGAACAUCAAUCGCGUCGAAGAAGAACAAGAAUGCGACAACAACAGCAACAACAUCUCGCAAAGAUGGCCUGGCAGCUCGAACGAAACGACGUCAAGGCAAUAAUCAAAACAACAAGUCAACAUCCACCACUACUGCAGCAAGCAGUACUACCAACGCGCAACAACAAAAACAUGACAGCCAGAACGACGUUGAGCAUGAAGUAUCUGGCAUGGUCGAGG